AUGUCAAUGGCAUUUAUGCAUUCAUUCACCAAAGAAGACUAUAUUAAAUUAGAAGAAUGCUUGGAUGAUGAACGGAAGCUCUUGUCACAGGUGUUCAAAGAUUUUGAAAACUUGCCGAAUUUACAUAUUAACUUACAUUUGAUACAACAUGUUAAAAACUACACCACUUUAUUGAAUACUGGCGUAGGGACGAAAGAGAUGAUGCACAGAAUUUUCAAGACCAUCAUGUCACGGACAAACCGUAAAAAUGUGGAGUUGGAUUUGCUAAAGCGCUACACAACAUUAUUUGCAGUGCGCCAUUUAUUCGAUGGAGUACAUUUACCAGAUGAACGUAUCUCAAAGAUAACCUUGAAGAAGUGCAUAUCAAGAAGAAAGGGUGAAGAUAUUUUGCCGAAUGAUGCUGAUUUUCAUAGAGAAUUGGCAAUAUCAUACCGGGAUAUGGGUUAUCAUUUAGCAAUUUUUGGCUAUUCAUGUCAAUUCUAUGAAUAUGCAUGUUUUUUUGCAGAAGAAAACGAUACUAAUGUUCUACAUCAGCUACAUAUUGGUGAAAUUGUCACUAUAGUCACCGAAGAUGACGAAACUUUUGCAAUUAUACGGUCAAUUUUUAGCCAUCAAUACAACAACCAACAGUUCGCUUUUGUUUCUGUUGAUGGAUUCGAAAUUACCAAUCGAACAGUGCUGGAAUGCCCCGUGUUCAAGCUCCGGUCUACAAAUAGGCAAUGA